GGAGAGACCGGCAAUGGAGAAGUUCAGCGAGGUAAACGUUCGGAAGACAAAAACCAUGAGCAACAAACGCUUCAAGCUAGCGGUGGGAUAACUCGGGAGCUGUAUGAUCUACAGGUUGUGGUGUGUUUGCUUUCAGGAGAUCCUGAAGGUUCCGUUUGGCUCAAAGCAGCUGGACGCUGCCGUGUGUGUUCCUCGCCGAGCCGAUGGUCCCCACACAGCCGUCAUACUGACGCACGGAGCGGGCGGCGAUAUGAACUACAAACCGCUGGUUUCUCUCGCACGCAGUUUAGCAACGAACGGGUGCGCCUGUCUGCGUUUUACCUGCAAAGGCCUAAAUCUGGUUUAUAGGAUAAAGGCUUACCGAGCGGUUUGGGAAUACUUGAAAUCGCAGGAGAAAUUCCCUGUUGGCUGCCUAUUUCUUGGAGGCAGAUCCAUGGGGUGUCGGGCUGCUGCCGCCCUAGCCAGACAACUGACUGCUGAGACAGAGGAUGCAGUACAGGGUGUUGUCUGUCUGUCCUUCCCCCUGCAUCCCCCAGGACAGACACACAAACAUAGUCAGCGGAGUGAGGACCUCAGGGGGCUGCCUGAACAGACGCCUGUGUUGUUUGUAUCAGGCACAGAGGACAACAUGUGUGAUAGGGUCCUCUUUGACAAGGUGGUCAAGGAAAUGAAGGCCCAAGUGGAUGUCUGUUGGCUGGAGGGUGGCAGCCAUGGGCUCACUGUGAAAGGGAGGGAUGAAGAGUCUGUACUGACUGAAGUGAACUCACAAGUUGUGUCCUGGAUUCUAAGAAAAACAACACAGACUUCCAAUUGUUAAGUUAUUUUAUCUGUAUAUUGUAAAUAGCACUAUUUUGCUAGGGAUUAUC